GCCACUGGGCUGUAAACGAGCUGCCAGUCUGCGUCUGCGAGGCCCUGCUGCACAUCCAGCACCGAGGAGACACACGGGAAGCGCUGGCAUCCUCCUGCAGCGGCCGCUUCGCUGGUUUUUAUUCCCGGCUGCAGCUCUGAUGCGGCGUCGCUGGUUUCUGCGGAUGGAAGAAGAAGAAGCAGGUGCGGCGAUGCUGCAGGGAUUGUCUCUCUGAGCACAUUCGCUUCUCGGGGGCAGGAGGCGCCGCCGCUGUGUGUGUUUGUGUGUUUGCUCAUCAUCACAAUCUCCGGCUCAGAAACAAGUUGAGCAGCAUCGAUGCUCCGCGCAGGAAGGAUGGAGGAGUUUGUCACGGAGGAAGAGGAGCCUUGGUACGACCAGAGGGACCUGGAGCAAGACCUACAUUUGGCUGCAGAGCUCGGCAAGACUCUCCUAGAACGAAACAAAGAGCUGGAGGACUCACUGCAGCAGAUGUACAUCAACAAUGAGGAACAAGUGCAAGAGAUUGAGUACCUGUCCAAGCAGCUGGAAAUGUUGAGGGAGAUGAACGAGCAGCAUGCAAAGGUGUACGAACAGCUGGAUGUGACUGCCAGAGAGCUGGAAAUCACCAACGAGAAGCUGGUGCUGGAGAGCAAAGCCUCACAGCAGAAAAUAGACAGGUUGACUGGCACCAUGGAGACGUUGCACGGUCAGGUGGACAGUCUCACGACUCGGGUCGAGGAGCUCAGGACUCUGGAGGAGUUGAGGGUCCACAGGGAGAAGAAGGAACGUCGAAAGACUGUCCACUCCUUCCCCUGCCUCAAGGAGCUCUGCACUGCGCCCAGGUAUGAGGAUGGUUUCCUGCUGGCCAAUCCGGGUAGUGUAGACCUGGCUGAGAGACGACCACUGGAUGAGGAAAAUGACCGCCUGAGGGACAUCGUUUCAUCGCUGCACUCAGCCAUGGCCACAGAGCGGUCGAAGCGGGAGGGCGCUGAGCGGGAAUGUGCCGCCGUGCUGCAGGAGUUCGAGCGUCUGGAACAGCGUCUGUUAGGUGCUGAGGGCUGCCAGCUGCGGGUUCAGGAGCUCGAAGCUGAGCUCCAUGAGAUGCAACAGCUCAGGAAGUCCAGGAUGUGUCUGAUCGGAGACAUGGAAGUUGGCCUGGAGACGCUGCUCACUAAUGGCCCUGAGACGGACACCCCAGAGGAGGUGGCGGGUCUGGAGGAGGGAGGUGAAGGAGGAGAGGCUGGAGGAGCUGGCCAGCAAGGAGGCCCAGUGAGGAAGAGCUGCAGCGACACCGCUCUGAAUGCCAUCUCGGCCCGCGAUGCCUCGGGCAGACGGCAGGGCAGCUACGCCCUCCAUGCCAACGGAGUUCGCAAACGGGGCAUGUCCAUCCUGCGGGAGGUUGACGAGCAGUACCACGCCCUGCUGGAGAAGUACGAGGAGCUGCUGGGCAAGUGCCGGCGUCACGAGGAGAGUUUGUGCCACGCCGGGGUGCAGACCUCCAGGCCCGUCUCCAGAGACCCCUCCAUGAAGGAGUACUGCAUGGCUGCUGCUGGACCUUCUACCUCCGGGGCCGUGGCCACUCCUCCAACACCCCCCCAGACUCCCUCCACCCCGGAGGCCCUGGAGGGGAUCAGCAGGCAGGUGGAGCAGGUAGACAAACGGCUGAGCCAGAACACACCCGAAUACAAGGCUUUGUUCAAAGAAAUCUUCUCCCGACUGCAGAAGACCAAGAGCGACAUGAACUCCACUAAGAGCAGAAAAACUCACAAAUGAGCCAGAGCUACUGAAACUACACAACCUGAAAACAGUUUCACAAGACUGAUUUAUCUUAAUUUACCUCACUGUUUUCCAAAACUUCUUAUUUAACUCUUGCCCCAUCUUAACUUUAAGGGUGGAUGCCUGAAGUCAUGCAGUUGGUGGUGGAUGCCUGUUUUGCCCUCUUGGAAGGAAGCUGUGGGCGGAUUAAUAUGAAACUGCCAAAUGUUUCACCACACUGAGGGGAGAUGGUGUGGAUGAAAUGCCUUUACUGAGUGACUGUAACUGACGAAUAAUCAGAGCGGAAGGUUUGUCGCCAUGUAGUGUUUGUAACUGAGAUGUACUGAUGCAGGAAUUAACUGUUGUUUAAUUUGUAUUUAUGCGAAACACUGAUUAAGCCAAAUAAGUAAUCUAAAAAAAAAAAAAAAAAAAAAAACAGCAAAUCUUUCAUUGGCUUUGAAACUGAAAACAUUUGAAGCAUGUAUCUGUUGAAGUAACGCUAAAUGCAAAGUGUGUCUUUAAAAGCAGGUAAAAAAAUAAAGCACACAAGCUUCUAAACAGCUUGAGGUGAUAUUUAGACUGUUUCUGAAUCGUUGGAUGGCACAAAUCUUUUCUGACAGCUGCCGAAGAUUACUGUGUGUAAGUGCUAGAUGAUUUGUGUGUCGCAUGGUUGCGUUGGUCACCAGUGAAUAGGUGCCAACGUCUCCGUGGUAGUGUGGGUUUAAGGCUCUGUGGGACUGAAUGAUCUGCAUUUCAGUUUCAAGGAUUUGUUUGAUCUUUGCAUACAUGAUGAAAUAAUCAGUUCUACACUGUGGUGUCACAUCGUCAAAGUUGUUCAUGUAGUAUUUAAAUGCUUUCUGUUGAUUAAAAUGACAAACCUAUCAA